AUUUGAAAAAUAAUAAUAAUAGUGAGCGACGAAUAGGAAGCAGCAAGGAGCCCCUGACCCUGCUUUCCAAGUUUGAACUUCCUUCUUCCUCAUUCCUUCUAUUUGUUAUUCUUCUUCUGUUAAUGAUGCUAACUACCUGAACCACUUGUUCAAAUCGCAAAGUUAUUGCGGAGGAAGAAAGAGCGAGAAAGCAGUGCAGCUGAAGAAUAAUUGACGUUUGAAAGGCAUAAUUAUUAAGAGAGCGACAAUGAGAACCCUCUGCGACGUAUGCGAAAACGCCGCUGCAAUUUUAUUCUGCGCCGCCGACGAGGCCGCUCUUUGCCGCUCUUGCGAUGACAAGGUCCACAUGUGUAACAAACUUGCUAGUAGACAUGUUCGAGUUGGACUUGCUGAUCCUAGUGAUGUUCCUCGAUGUGAUAUAUGUGAAAAUGCACCUGCUUUCUUUUACUGUGAGAUAGACGGUAGUUCGUUGUGUCUACAAUGUGAUAUGAUAGUACAUGUUGGUGGUAAAAGAACUCAUGAAAGGUAUCUCUUGUUGAGACAGAGAAUUGAGUUUCCAAGUGACAAAACUGGUGGAUUGGAUGAAUUUGGAUUGCAAACUUUGGAUCAAAAUGAACCAAGGAGAGACCAGAGUCAAUCAAUCAAGCUAAAUGCAAGAGAUAACCACCAGAGUCACAAUCACAAGGUUAUAUCAGUUACAAUGCUAGAAAAUAAUAUUGAUGGUCAUAGAAAAAUGGACAAAAAACUGUUUGAUCUUAAUACCAGGCCACAACGGAUAAAUGGUUCAACAUCAAACAACCUGGAUAAGGAUAUAUUGGGCAGUAAUAAUCAUGAUUCUAUUGGUGUUGUACCGGUAGAAUUGUUCAAACAAGAAGCUGAGAAGUAAUUAAGAUAUCACUAGAGAAUUGACUUCCAUGCUUACUGAGGGUUUCAAUUCUCACUCAAAUUUAUUUAUCUAGACCAUUGAUGUUUAUAGAAAUUGCAUUAACCCCUGUAAAAAGUUUGGUAGAUUAAGAAAAAUUUCGAAAAGUCUAUCACUACCAACAAAAGAUGCUUAUUUGACGUUAAAUGGAUUUGUGCUAAUCAUGAUUCAUGAUAUUUAUCAUGACUUGAGAUAGGAUAAAGAUUUUUACAAUAGGCACAUAAAAUCCUCCUCCAAUAAUUGUACCUCUUAAUUUAUAGGCCUAAUUUUUUAUUUACAAAUUACGUAUGGUCUGUCAUGUACGCAUAGCCACAGUUGGUUGAUCAAUCUAAUUUUAUUGCAGUUUAAUGAA